GCUGGUCUCUUCUGCUGCAGUCCCAACUGUUCUCAAAAGGUUAGGAACCCCAGACCAUUAUUAGUCGACAAGACACCGAGCUCGAACAGCACUGCGAAAAUGGUGCAGCGACUCACGUAUCGCAAGCGCCACAGCUACGCUACCAAAUCCAACCAGCACCGCGUGGUUAAAACCCCUGGUGGUAAGUUGGUGUACCAGAGCACCAAGAAGAGAGCCAGUGGACCAAAAUGCCCUGUUACUGGCAAGAGAAUCCAAGGGAUUCCUCAUUUGAGACCUACUGAAUACAAGAGGUCUAGAUUAUCCAGGAAUCGUAGGACUGUUAAUCGUGCCUAUGGUGGUGUACUCUCUGGUGGUGCUGUUAGGGAAAGAAUAAUUCGAGCAUUCUUGGUGGAAGAGCAAAAGAUUGUGAAGAAGGUUUUGAAGAUCCAGAAGGCAAAGGAGAAGCAGGCCGCUAAGAGCUAAGAAUGAGAGACUGAUAAUGCAAAAGGGCUUUUUAUUUUAUUUUUAUGAGAUGCUUCAGUGAAAUUUUGACUUGGAUUUCAUUUAAGAUUUUAGUCUGGAACUAAAUGUUUUUUUUUUUUUUUUAAUGAUGAAUUUCUUUAUGGUUUAUGUUAUAAAACUAAUCUCGUAUUAAAUUA